UAGGGCGUCCACAAGCUUGCAGCCAUAUUGGAUGUGUCUGCGGUGCCGGUGGGAGGCACCGCUCUGCUCUAUUUUGUGGUCUUUGUGUUAAUUGUGAGCGUUAGAGCAGCAAGCAGAGGCUGCACCAGCACACGACUGCCAUCAUGGGGGAAGACAGGGAGAAGGAGAAGCCAGAGAAAGAACGAGAUGAAAAAAAAGAAAAGGAUCGGGAUAAAGAAAAGGAUCGUGAUAAAGAUAGAGAUAAAGAAAAGGACAGGGACCGCAAGAAACGCAGCAGGUCUCGAUCACGUGAACGCCGUAAGCACAAAACUAGGUCUGGGUCAAAGGGACGCUCAAGAUCUAGAUCACGUUCCAGAGAAGCUAGAAGGAAGGCUCGCCGCAAGAAGCCUUCAUUGUAUUGGGAUAAACCACCUCCAGGUUUUGAACACAUUACACCUAUUCAGUACAAAGCAAUGCAAGCUGCUGGACAGAUUCCAUCUAAUGUGACAGUACCUCUAAUUGCACCACCCAGUGCAGGACAAAUACCACCAUUAGCAGCAGUAGUCCCUUCAGUUCCAGAAGUCACUAAUGUUCCCCAGCCAGUACCAGUUGUUGGUUCCACCAUCACUAGACAAGCACGCCGUCUGUAUGUAGGAAAUAUUCCAUUUGGUGUAACAGAGGAAGAGAUGAUGGAAUUCUUCAACCAGCAGAUGCAUCUUGCUGGUCUUGCCCAAGCUGCUGGAAACCCAGUUCUUGCUUGUCAGGUCAACCUUGACAAGAAUUUUGCUUUCUUGGAGUUCCGAUCAAUUGAUGAAACUACUCAAGGAAUAGCUUUUGAUGGUAUUAAUUUUAAAGGGCAGAGUUUAAAAAUCAGACGACCUCAUGAUUAUCAACCAAUGCCAGGCAUGUCUGAGCAUCCAACUCUAACUACCAUGCCAGGUACGACACAGAUUCCAGUUAUUGCAGGUGUGGUUUCAACUGUGGUGCCCGAUUCACCUCAUAAGAUCUUUAUUGGAGGGCUGCCCAACUACCUUAAUGAAGAUCAGGUUAAAGAGCUGCUUGUAUCAUUUGGUCAACUUCGAGCAUUUAACUUGGUCAAGGAUUCUGCUACCGGACUGUCCAAGGGCUAUGCCUUCUGUGAAUAUGUAGAUGUCAGCCUUACUGAUCAGGCUAUCCAUGGACUGAAUGGAAUGCAACUGGGAGACAAGAAGUUAGUGGUGCAACGUGCUAGUGUGGGAGCCAAGAAUGCUAAUGCCAUGGCUCAAGCCCCUGUGCAGAUCCAGGUUCCUGGAUUACAGCUACAGAGUGGCUCGGGACCUGCUACAGAGGUGCUCUGUCUCAUGAAUAUGGUAAUGCCAGAUGAGUUGAAAGAUGAUGAAGAAUACGAAGAUAUUCUUGAGGAUAUACGUGAAGAAUGCAGCAGAUAUGGGAUAGUGCGAUCAGUUGAAAUUCCACGACCUGUUGAAGGAGUUGAGGUUCCGGGGGUUGGCAAGGUUUUUGUAGAAUUUAAUUCUGUACUGGAUUGUCAGAAAGCACAGCAGAACCUUACUGGGCGCAAGUUUGCAAACCGGGUAGUUGUGACUUCUUACUUUGACCCAGAUAGGUAUCAUCGCCGUGAUUUCUAAAAUAUGUGCCCCGUUCCCAGUUACUGUAUAUGUAACUGUCAAUGCCUAAUAGUUGCUGUGAUUUCACAAUUAAAUUGUAAAUGGCUAGAGAAUUUAAUCAUUCAAUUUAGUACAUUGACCUUUUUUUACUGCUGUUACUACAAAUAUUGAAAAAUAAAGCAUUGCUAUUUUAGUAUUUAAACCAAUUAAUAAAGAACUGUUUAGUUAACUGGUUGUCAUUCAAAUUGUAAACUAAUGGAAAAUAGAGCUGGAAUUUUUAGUGUAAGAAAACUUUUGUUUUAUAUUUUUUUUUUUUUUUGGCCAACAUUACGAAUGUUUUCUUUCCUUUGGCAACAUGCACUAUUAUACUGUAUGUAUUACUUCAUAACAUCCCCAUUGAAGCAUAAAAUCUUGUCAAA